AUGACUUCUCGGGUAACUCGUGUCUCUAGUCCUAAAAGAUGGCAAGCACCUGCAGGAGACCAUAGCUUCAAAUUGAAUGUAGAUGUUGCUUUCCUUCCGGAGCAGACAAGAGGAGGAAUUGGGGGUGUGAUUAGGGAUACAAGAUGUCAAUGUGUGGCUGCGUUUGCUAAACCGAUAGAGUUUACUUCAUCGGCAAAGCAAUGUGAACUGGUUGCUAUACGGGCCAGUAUGGAUAUUCUCCAAUCCCUAAUCCUUCAACAUGUUCUUGUUGAAAGUGAUUCACUAGAAGCGACUGCUGAAGCCAGAGUCGGUAAUUUUGACUUACUUGCUAAUGGAGGCAUAAUUAGAGAUAUCCAAGAUACCUGGACUUGUCUAACUGCUGUUGAGCUUCAGCAUUGUUCUCGAAAUUACAACUCGGUUGCUCAUAGGCUUGCCGCAAUAGGUUUCGAUUCAGAUCGUUACAAGUGGUAUCAGAGCCCACAUCUGGGCAUAUGUCCGUCGGGGUAUGGCGGUGGUAUCUACGGCGGGUACUACAAUCACUAUUCUUCUUACCCACCUCAUACAUCGUUCAAUUUCACUCAACCGAACCCAUACCCACCAUCGCAUCACCACCAAUCUGCUCAACCAAACCCUUACUCACCACCACAAUACUACAAUUCUACAACCCUCAUAAAUGGCCGCCUAAUGUCUCAGCAAUUUCCAUCUUCUCACCCUCACGCACAGGCGCGGCAACCACCAGCUUACUCGCAAUCCAUUUAUCAGUACUCGCACCCUCUGGGCUACUAUCAGCCACCUCCACCACAGCAAAAUAGCGUCACAAUGGUUGUCAAUGGUCACUUGUUGCCAAACCAAUUUCCUGGUGCUUCUCAGACUCACGCACAAUUCAGCCCUACACCAUACCACUCACCUCCGCUUAACCCAAAUCUCGAGGUUCCUCUCCCGAUGAUUUCUCAAAGCCAGUCACAUGAAUCAUCAAGCGCCAGCGUUCAUUCUCAAUUGAUUCCCACAAAAGCCAUGGCCACACAAGCUAUUUCUCAUUCUGCUCCGUCACCUCUAGCGUGUGAGCAACCACAAACAAUUCCUCUCGAGAAUGGUUGGGUAUUUAAUUGGGAGAACCCAGAAUCUAUGGCCCAGCAGAAAGGAAGUGGGAAACUUGUGUCAUCACAACAGCAAGGGGUUCAAAGUCGAGUUGAUAAUCUGCAGAAAUCUGCCUCUACGGUGGUGCCGUCCGAAUCUAUUUCAGCUGCAACUGAGGCUUUGCCAUCACUUUCUCCUGUUGAUAAUGGUAAUAUUUGUAAACCCCAUGUGGAUAGUUGCUUGAAUAUGCAUCAUGUUGCAGGUUGUGUGUUUGGUAUUGAUAAGAGAGAAUAUAAUGAAAGGAUGUGGGUGAAUAGUGGGAAUGGUAGAGAGUAUAAUGAGCUUGAGCUUGAGCGUGUUGUUCUUAAGCAAGAUAUUCAGAUACCAAAUUCUGGUAAACAAGGGAGGGAACCUGAUGAACUUUACCUGUUUGACAAAAUGCCCAAGUCAAAUGGACUGUGUAAUGCAAGUAGUGGCAAGGGUUUAAUUCCGGCCUCCGAUGGUAAGCCACAAUCGAGAGGGCUAUUCCAAGCCGUAAGGUUCAAGAAGAAUGGACUGUCCAAAUCUUUUGUUAAGAGCAUUCUUGACAAAGGAGGAGGACUUGCUACUUGUUGUGAAAUAAUGGAUGCUAUUCAAGACCAUGCUCUCAACCUAUUUGAUAAAAUGCCAAAGUCAGAUGGCUUGUAUGAUGCAGGGAGGAUCAAUUCUUCUCUUACAAGUAUUCAUGACAAAGAGGAUAAAAGUGAAGAAUGGAAUGUUGAUUAUUACUCAGAUGAAGAGAUAGCAACCCUAAUUUCUUGGAGUUAUAGUGAUAAUUCUGAAAGAGUUGAUGGGACAAUUGUGACAGGCUCAGAUGAUGAUGUGGUUACUCAUGAAGGAGGGAGUGUAAAAAAGAUAUUCAAUUCUAGUGCAUCGGUAGCUCUGUCAAAAGCAGCAACAGGUACAUGUUCUCUGGUGAAUGACUCUAUAACAUUGUUUUCAAGACUUGAGUAUUACUUUGAGAGUUCAAAGAAGGUUAAACAGUUUGUACUGCAGCUAUGCUUCUUUGGGUUUGAUCAGAAGGUUUGUGAUAAAGGUGGUGGCAACCCUCUCUUCACACAUGAAUAUUCUAUCAUGUAUAAAGAGCUUGUAGGUACAAGGCGUUUGGUACUUCUUCCCAACUUCACAUAUGCAAUUGGGUGCUCAGAGACAAUUACUGACUCUAUGAAGUCAAAUGAAAAGUUUGUACGGUUUGUUUUGUGUACCCUGGAUGCAGUGCAAUAUGUUUUGUGUACUCUAGAUGCACCUUACACAAUUCAAAAGUUGGAACUCAAACUCAACUAUCAGAAUGUCCUUCAGGUGUUCUCAUCAUGUGUUAGUGUGUUUGUGACGGGAGAAGCAUUUACGAGCUUGGAGUUGUUGCAAAAUGAGAAUAAGAUUGAUCAAGUAUAUGGCAAGGCUAUUGAGUGGAUUCUAUCAAGUGGCAUGAGAGUCCGUUAUAAGAGCACAUCAUUCUCAUAUGGGGAUUUAUCUGAACUUGUGGCAACUGAGUACUUCUCUUGCUCAAUGAGGCCAACUUUUACCAGAGAACUUAUUCUAUACACAAUUCAAAAGUUGGAACUCAAACUCAACUAUCAGAAUGUCCUUCAGGUGUUCUCAUCAUGUGUUAGUGUGUUUGUGACGGGAGAAGCAUUUACGAGCUUGGAGUUGUUGCAAAAUGAGAAUAAGAUUGAUCAAGUAUAUGGCAAGGCUAUUGAGUGGAUUCUAUCAAGUGGCAUGAGAGUCCGUUAUAAGAGCACAUCAUUCUCAUAUGGGGAUUUAUCUGAACUUGUGGCAACUGAGUACUUCUCUUGCUCAAUGAGGCCAACUUUUACCAGAGAACUUAUUCUAUACACAAUUCAAAAGUUGGAACUCAAACUCAACUAUCAGAAUGUCCUUCAGGUGUUCUCAUCAUGUGUUAGUGUGUUUGUGACGGGAGAAGCAUUUACGAGCUUGGAGUUGUUGCAAAAUGAGAAUAAGAUUGAUCAAGUAUAUGGCAAGGCUAUUGAGUGGAUUCUAUCAAGUGGCAUGAGAGUCCGUUAUAAGAGCACAUCAUUCUCAUAUGGGGAUUUAUCUGAACUUGUGGCAACUGAGUACUUCUCUUGCUCAAUGAGGCCAACUUUUACCAGAGAACUUAUUCUAUACACAAUUCAAAAGUUGGAACUCAAACUCAACUAUCAGAAUGUCCUUCAGGUGUUCUCAUCAUGUGUUAGUGUGUUUGUGACGGGAGAAGCAUUUACGAGCUUGGAGUUGUUGCAAAAUGAGAAUAAGAUUGAUCAAGUAUAUGGCAAGGCUAUUGAGUGGAUUCUAUCAAGUGGCAUGAGAGUCCGUUAUAAGAGCACAUCAUUCUCAUAUGGGGAUUUAUCUGAACUUGUGGCAACUGAGUACUUCUCUUGCUCAAUGAGGCCAACUUUUACCAGAGAACUUAUUCUAUAUGGUUACAGAUCUUCAGUUCUGAUGUAUAAACUUGUGCAUAAGAGGGCCGAAGUCAGCGUACUUCUUGGAGCAUAUACGAGAGACUUUAAUUUCAAUGACAACAGCUAUGACACUCACUUCUGUUCUCAUGACCUCGGUGAUGAUAGUCAUGCGGCUCUUCAUGGUAGUGAUACCACUAUUUGUGGAUUGUUGGACACAAGUGCUACUGCAUUUGGUAUGGCUUUCCAACCAAUACACAUAGUUGAUUAUUCUCUUGGUACUUCAUUUAUGCUGUUACUCCUUAGUGCUCUGUUCAUGUCAGUCAGAAACUUGAAUGAAGUUAUUGCUACAGCUUUUGCUCAGUUGAUAUUAAGGUUUACAGGGACAACAAUGAUCAUGGGCCAACUGGUUUCAGGCGACGUCUCAUAUGAGAGCUUGGAAAGUGUCCAAAUUUCGACCCAAAUGUGA